AUGACUAAUUCUGUUAAUAACAGUUUAUUAUUUGAUGAUCGUAAAUGGUAUUCAACUGAUAUAUUCGUUCUGAAUAAAAUUGAGUUUAAUUGUCCAUUGAACUGGUUGAAUAUAAAUGCCGACUGCUAUUAUAUUUCUAAUGAACCUGAGACUAUUCAAGAAGCAAUGGAUACUUGCAUUAUUGAGUCAAUAAUCGAAAAACGUUUUAGUGCAUUUGCAAUGAUGCCAAAUAAUACGAAUCAUACAGUUGUUAAUCUUGAUGAUAAGAAGAAAACGAUUAUCAAACACAAGAAUCCUUUUAUUGAUACUCUUGAUGGAGAAAUUGCACAAUAUAUGUUACCAUGGGAAGUUCGUCUUGGCUUUUUUCUUCUUGAUACAAAUGCGUACAAAAUGGAAUCUGAACUAUCAUUAUCUUCUAAUGUUGAAGUCAAUCGUUCGUCAAUAAAUGAAUUUCAAAUAAUCAUUUCAACUAACAAUAAUAAUUCAACUGUAAAUGAUAAAUCUUGUUUAAUUAUGACACGUACAAAAAUUAAUGAAGAAGAAAGAAUUUUUAUUUCAACAACAAAUCAAAACAAGAAUUGUUCUCAACCGAGACAUGUUUUAUGUAGAAAGAGAUCAAUUAUUGAUCAGAGAAUUCAACAAAUUUGUUUUCGUAAACCACUAACACUUGAUGUACCUGUUUUAAUAUCAAAUUAUUUAACACAUGAAUUAUAUAUUACUUCAGAAGCAAUCAAUUUUGAAGAAAAUUAUAGGAAAUAUAUUACAACAGAUUGUGGAAAGCCCUGUCCAGGUAAUCCAAAUGAAUAUUGUGGUGAUACAAAUACAAUUAUUCUCUUAUAUAGAAAGAACGCUUUAUAUAUGACAGAUUUCGAGAGCAUUAUUCGAUACUAUAAACCAUAUCCUGAUUUUGUUUACGAUAGUUGUGUUCAAUUCAAUAAUACCAAACAAUCAGGAAUGUAUCAAUUCAAUAUAGUUAAUAGACAAGAUGUUCAUCCACGUCAUUGUUUACAACUAUGUAAAAAAUAUGAACAACGAUAUGCACUUCUUAAUUCAAAUACAUGCUUAUGUACGAAUAUUCCAAUAAAAAAAGUAACAAACAAGCUGAAUUUCUUCAAUUGUGAUCAACAAUGUUAUGGUAAUUAUUUUUAUAAAUGUGGACAUAAAAUCGAUUCAGCAAUGUAUUCAGUAUAUCUUAUACGACCAGUUUGUCCAUAUAGUUUUCUUAUGACUGAUAAUCCACAACAAUGUGCUCAUGUCAAAUAUUUAUUUAAAGAUUCUUUUUCAAGUGCACAAUCUUAUUGUAAAUCAAUGGACAGUGUACUGGCGAAAAUAAAUAAUAUUUUAGAAAUUCAAGAUCUAUUACCUGAUACAUUACUUAAUAACAGUUAUAUCCAUCGAUCUUUAUAUCGUUCUUCAAUAAUCGAUGAUAGAGAGUAUUUUUGGAUUGAUCGUACAACGAAUAUCAUUAAUAAUAAUAGAGCAUCAAAAAGUUUUUUCAAGCAUUGCAUGGAAACAUCAAAGUCAAUUGAUCGAAACUGUAUUGUUCUCCGUCGUGAAAAGAUUCUCGUUGAUAACGUAAUAAAAUUUCAACGAUGUUUUUCUGAAUCAGAUCAAUGUUCGUCGAGAUCUGCAAUACCUGUUUGUGUUGACAAAAAUUUAGAAUCUCAUUCAAAUGCAAUACCUUCAAUGGAAGAUAAUGAUUCAUCGAUCAUAAAAAUUAAUAUAUUCACAGACUAUUUAUGUGGUAAUGAUACAGAUUAUCAUUUAAUCCGUGAUUAUUGUUAUAAAAUAUUAUUACAUGAAACAACUUGGCAUAAAGGAAAAACUGAAUGUGAACGUGACAAUGCUACAUUAUUAUUACCGGGAAGUAACUCAAUAUUUUAUUUGAUAAAACAAUUAAUUUCACAUCGUCAUAGUUACGCAUUAUCUACUGGUAUUGCACAUGUUGAUUAUUUUUAUGCCAAUGAAACUUUUUAUACUAAACAACAUAAAUCAAUUGACGAAAGCAUUCAAACGCAAAAUUUCUAUUAUGAAAACUAUCCUACUUUAUGUAAAUUCUCACUUUAUGAUCAUAUUGUUAAAUGUGGACAUGUUAAUUUUGUGGUGGAACCUGGAACAGGACGAGGAUGCAGUAAAGAAUCUUGCAAUCAAUCAGCAACUGUAAUAUGUCAAAAAUUGCCAAUGAUGAUAACUGAUAAUAUCCUAGCUAAACGGUUAGUUGUUGUUAGUAAUUACAUUUGUCUUUGAAGAAUAGAAAGGUUAAUAGAAAUGUUUUUUUUUGACUAGACGAAGAUUUUCAUUAAAAAAAAGGCAAAAGAAUCAUUGUGAAAUUUGAUAGAGAAUUAAACUAAAGUAUAAUGCCGUACGAUAGACGUGAUUGUAAACAUAGUUAUCAAUCAAAGUAUUAUACUUGAAUAUGACUAUUAUCCAUUUAAAAAAAAAAGACCCGUGGCCCUUUUUUGAAUAACUUUUGAUAGGAACCAGAUAGAGAGGUGCGGUUUUCGCCACUAGAAAGAGAAGACUGAGGCACAUCAAUCUAUGCUAAAAUAUGAUUGGUUAGCAAUGGACCAAUCAGGUGCAUUUUCAAUGGACAUGUUAAGCCCUGUUCUCUGGAGCCAUUU